CUGAUAAACGACCGCCUUCUAUUCCCAUCAUCUCGGCGACUUCUACUCUACCUGCCUCUCCCCUCCCAUUGCCCUCUUGCGCCGCUUUCAGUGUUUCUGGCGUGGGGAAACAUUUUUAAUCUCCAGUAAUCCAUUAGAUUGGGUUUUCUAAGAUGGAUACAAUGGAAGGAAAGAUUAACACUCAAACAUCGGACCCUAAACCCGAGGGAAACAAAGUUCCAUCUGUAAAGAUAAAGGUUCUGUUCUUUGCAAGAGCUCGAGAUCUUACUAGCUUGACUGAGAUGCCAUUGGAGGUGCCAUCAGGCAGUUCUGCAGAUGAUUGUUUGAAUGAUCUUGUUGCCAGGUUUCCGGGCUUGGAAGAGAUCCGUGAGUGCAUGGUUCUUGCUCUAAAUGAGGAGUACACUACUGAGUCAACUAUUGUAAAAGAAAACGAUGAGUUGGCCAUUAUACCUCCCAUAAGUGGUGGCUAAUUUUUUCUUUUUCCCUCUGCAAAUGGUGUCUAUUCAAUAUUUCACUCUAAUAAACCUCGGAUUUUCCAUGAAACAAUGUGAGUUUAACUUCGUUUA